AUGAGCUUCUGCAAAGACUGCGUUAAAGGCAAGCCCGCCCUGCAAUUCGAUUUUACAGCUCAUCCAUGUAGGCGUGACCCACGAAGGAACUCCCGAAGGCACGUCCAACUCUCGUUAAGCACGCCUAUUACUAUUAUUAAGCUCGUUCAAGGCAAGAUCGAGAAAAUCGGUGGCGUGGACUGCUAUAUUGCUACGCCCACCGUCGAUUAUCCCAAGGACAAAGUUGUCUUACUCCUUACCGAUGUCUUCGGUCUUGCCCUUGUCAAUAACCAACUGCUCGCUGACGGCUUUGCCGACAAUGGCUUUAAAACCAUACUUCCUGAUUAUCUAAAUGGCGAUCCCAUUCCUGCCGACGCUAUGGGUCCUGGGAAACAAUUCGACAUCGGUGCAUGGUUCAAGACUCACGGUCCUUCUGACACUCGUCCUCCUCUCGACAAAGUUAUCGCUGCCCUUAAAUCCGAAGGUGUCACAUCCUUUGCUGCGGUUGGCUAUUGCCUCGGUGGGCGUUAUGUGUUCGACUUGGCCUUCGACCACAUUAUCUCCGUCGGGGCCACCGCACAUCCAUCAUUGCUCCAGAUUCCAGCCGACCUCGAGAAAUACAAGUCGACGGCCAAAGCUCCACUUCUCAUCAACAGCUGCACAGUUGACCAACAAUUCCCACUUGAGGCGCAAGCCAAGGCAGACGAGAUUCUCGCAGACUUCGCACCUGGUUACAAACGGGAAUACUUCGACGGCUGUACCCACGGCUUUGCUGUCCGCGGGGACUUGAGCGAUCCGAAAGUCAAAGCGGGCAAGGAGGGUGCUUUCAAAUCAACGGUUGAAUGGUUCAUUAAACACGCCUGA